UACCGCUGCCACGGUUUGAGCUCGUCCUCACUACAAAACCGAGCGCAGUAGCAAUCGUCCCCUAGAUCUCGAUUCGCUCUCACGUCUCCUACUCGAAGACUCCUCGACUCUACAUCACCAAGAUGCGGGAAAUUGUGCACCUUCAAGCCGGUCAGUGCGGAAACCAGAUCGGAGCAAAGUUCUGGGAGGUGAUCAGUGAUGAGCACGGCAUUGAUCCCACUGGCUCCUACCAUGGAGACAGCGAUCUGCAGCUCGACAGGAUCAGCGUCUAUUACAAUGAGGCCUCAGGAGGAAAGUACGUGCCCCGAGCCGUCCUAGUGGACCUGGAGCCUGGUACCAUGGAUUCAGUCCGGUCCGGGCCCUUCGGGCAGAUUUUCAGGCCUGACAACUUUGUCUUUGGCCAGAGUGGAGCUGGGAACAACUGGGCCAAGGGCCACUACACCGAGGGAGCCGAGCUGGUGGAUUCCGUCAUGGAAGUGGUGAGGAAAGAGGCAGAGGGCUGCGAUUGCCUGCAGGGCUUCCAGCUCACUCACUCCCUGGGUGGUGGUACCGGCUCCGGCAUGGGCACCCUGCUCAUCAGCAAAAUCCGUGAAGAGUACCCCGACCGUAUCAUGAACACCUUCAGCGUGGUGCCCUCUCCUAAGGUGUCCGACACUGUGGUGGAGCCCUACAACGCCACCCUCUCCGUCCACCAGCUGGUGGAGAACACUGACGAGACCUACUGCAUUGACAAUGAAGCUCUCUAUGACAUCUGCUUCCGCACGCUGAAACUCACCACCCCCACCUAUGGAGACCUCAACCAUUUAGUGUCAGCCACCAUGAGCGGAGUGACCACCUGCCUGCGUUUCCCCGGUCAGCUCAACGCCGAUCUCCGUAAACUGGCUGUCAACAUGGUGCCCUUCCCCCGUCUCCACUUCUUCAUGCCAGGUUUCGCCCCCCUCACCAGCAGGGGCAGCCAGCAGUACCGCGCCCUGUCCGUGCCUGAGCUCACCCAGCAGAUGUUCGAUGCCAAGAACAUGAUGGCCGCCUGCGACCCACGCCACGGCCGCUACCUCACCGUAGCUGCAGUGUUCAGGGGCCGCAUGUCCAUGAAGGAGGUGGACGAGCAGAUGUUGAAUGUGCAGAACAAGAACAGCAGCUACUUCGUUGAAUGGAUCCCAAACAAUGUGAAGACCGCCGUCUGUGACAUCCCACCCCGCGGCCUCAAAAUGGCGGCCACUUUCAUCGGCAACAGCACCGCCAUCCAGGAGCUGUUCAAGCGCAUCUCCGAGCAGUUCACCGCCAUGUUCCGUCGUAAGGCUUUCCUCCACUGGUACACCGGCGAGGGUAUGGAUGAGAUGGAGUUCACCGAGGCUGAGAGCAACAUGAACGACCUGGUGUCAGAGUACCAGCAGUACCAGGAUGCCACCACUGAGGAGGGCGAGUUCGAGGAAGAUGGGGAGGAAGAGGUCGCCUAGAACCUCCCGCCCACCCAGCUACCAAACAUCACUUCACCUCACCCAUCUCCCCAAACUCCGCCCCUCUCAUCCCUCCCCAUCCAGCCGCACUAAAAAACUGUCACCAUCUAGAUCGUUGCCGCUCUAGUGUUAAACAUUGAUGCUACUAGUGAAUUUCUUGAUUCAUCUGUUUUUGUUUGUUGAAUUAUUUACACCCUUACAUCUGUCCUGUGGGGGGAUUUUUACUGUGAAGCCUUGAAAUUGGAGGAUAAUAAAAUCUGAUGAAAAUUUA